GGUCUCCGCGCGCGUAAUAAUACCGAGGCACGAUUCCCGGCGAGGCCCGUGUGUGUGUCAUUGUUUCCGCUUUUUGUUGUCUUUGAGUUAUUGUUAUCGUGCAACAGCACUGCGGGUAAAAAGAUGAAAGUUUCGCUGCUCGGAGCGCUACUCGUGUUCGGCUGUGCACUGGCCACGUCCAUUCCCAGAGCCGACGACGAGCAACAUCAACAGAAAAAUCGCAUACACGACAAGGACUUGAGUGAUCAAGAACAUUACAUUAAUAAUCAACACAAUCCAGCUUAUGACCAUGAAGCUUUUCUGGGCGAAGAAGCUAAAACUUUUGAUCAGCUAACACCUGAAGAAAGUACUAGAAGAUUAGGUCUUAUUGUUGAUAAAAUAGAUUCGAAUAAAGAUGGUUUUGUCACCCAAGAAGAACUUAAAGAUUGGAUUAAGUACACACAGCAACGUUAUCUCAGAGAUGAUGUUCAAAGGCAAUGGGAAUCUCAUAACCCAGAUGAAAAGGAUAAAAUAUUCUGGGAAGAUUAUCGUAAAGCUAUUUAUGGCUUUUUGGAUGAAAAAGAUGCUCAAACUCUUGACAGGCAAGAUGAAAACUUCUCUUAUGCUACCAUGCAACGUAGAGAAAGAAGGCGUUGGUCCAUCGCCGAUAAAGAUGGCGAUGAUGCCUUGACAAAAGAAGAAUUUGCUGCUUUCUUACAUCCAGAAGAAAAUGAAUAUAUGAAAGAUGUUGUAGUCAUUGAAACUAUUGAAGAUAUUGAUAAAGAUGGCGAUGGAAAAAUUUCGCUUCCUGAAUAUAUAGGCGACAUGUAUAAAGGUGAAGAAGGAGAAGAGUUACCUGAAUGGGUGAAGAACGAACAAGAACAAUUCUCUCUCCACCGUGACAAAGAUGGUGAUGGUUUUAUGGAUAAUGAAGAGGUAAGAAAUUGGAUUAUACCAGCCAAUUUUGAUCAUGCCGAAGCAGAAGCUAGACAUCUGAUUUAUGAAGCUGAUUCUGAUGCUGACCAAAAGUUGACGAAAGAAGAAAUUUUAGAAAAAUAUGACAUAUUUGUUGGCUCUCAAGCAACAGAUUUUGGGGAAGCUCUAACAAGACAUGACGAAUUUUAAAAUCUAUUUUAACAUGAAAUUGAUCUGUUUAUAAGUAGUAGAUAUGUAUACUUAAUUUUAAAAAAUGUUUAAAUCACUAAUGUAUAAAAACUUGAAUACUUAAGAAAAGUGUAAUA